ACUUUUUUUUUGUUUAUUUGUAAAACAACUUUGCAAACUUUAAUAUGUAUGUUGGGAAACCACUGUCAUGUUCAGAAAACGACCGAGAGAGAGGCAUGGAUGCCUUUAUUUGUUAUACCGUCAUGACUGACUCAGUCUGUGGAUUGUUGACUUAACUUACCCGGGGUUUCAAGACUUACCGUUACUUUGAUUUAAUAUUUUUUUUUUUUCUAAAAUUCCCUUGACUGCUGUCACCCCUCUAUUUGUCUUUAAUAUUUAUGUUUUACCUAGGCAUUUAUAGAUGUUGCUGAUCUGGGGUCUACUUUGCCUUAGCAUUCAGUGUUGAUUAAUGAAGGUCAUUUUUCAACAAAAACUCCUUUCUUUCUCUGUCUCAGGGUGACCUCCCAGUUCAAAGUGAACCUUCAGCAUGUGAUGAUGUUUGGUCUGACCGCAAAAUCAUGAGUGUUUAAUAGUCCUAUUUUUACUCUUCUGACUCUCAGUCCUUUUAUCUGUUUCUUGUUUAUUUGGUAUUCCUUUCUUAUAAUGGACAGAGAACUUCUUAAAAUCGAUAACAACUGUGACGAGCCCUCCACUGCUGAAGUAUAUGUUCCAUGUAUUCAGGGCAUGGAAAAAACACGACAGUUUUUGGAGUCCACUGAUAAACCUGACGUUAAACAGUCAAUAUCCAUGCAGGACAUGGGUUCUGGUUUAGAUGCAGAGGAGCUGGUUGAUGUCGAGAGCCAACCAACCCUUAAGAAGGGUGAUAGCAGUGAGGUCCUGGAAAAGACUUCUGACACAGUGGCUGAGACACCUGGAGAAGAGGAAAAAACAAAACAAAAAGGACAAAAGAAGAAAUCCAAAAAUCCAUUUAUGCCCCAGGUUGUACCAAAGAACAAAACAACGCAGAAAAAGAAUGGAAACCAAAAUGGAGGCGGAGGCAGUGGCGGUGGCAGUGACCUUGCAGAGACUAAAGAACACAAGAAGUCCCUCAUGGAAUGGCUAGAUGAGUUCCGUUUAAGUGAAAAUGAGAAAGAGGAUGAGGAGGAUCUUGAUGGCCUCAUGGAUUGGUGGGACACUGUGGAAAAAUGGGAGGACAUGCCCAAAAGUGACAACAUGACAGAGAAAGAGGAAGCCAAGGCUUUUGCUGUAACUGCUGAGAAGGUGCAAAAAGGCAUUUGCGUGUUUAAUAAACUUUUCUCAGAGAGAGCAGAAGGGCUAUGGCAGCAUGUGAUUGACCUGCAUGCCAUUGCCGAUGGCCUGGACAGAUUCAACAAGAAGACUAAAAUUGCCCAGAUCACCGGUGGCUCCACCAGCGCUGUGGGAGGGGUUGCUACCAUAACUGGCCUCAUCUUGGCACCUUUCACCAUGGGAACCUCCCUGAUUGUCACUGCGGUUGGCCUGGGUGUUGCCAUGGCGGGCGGGCUUACCUCUGCGUCCGCUGGGAUAUCCAGUACCGUCAACAACUCAAUGGAUCGCAAGAAGGUGGAGCGGAUUGUGGAAGACUACCAGGUGAAGAUGGCAGACCUUAACAAAUGCAUGAAGUUCAUCAAGCAAGGCAUUACAAACCUACGCAAGUUCAACCUGAAUAAGAUGAAGAAGCAUGCCUAUAAUCGAGACUUCCCUUGUUUUGACAAUAUUUAUGAGGAUGGUGCCAUGGCGGGCAAAGCUAUUCUAACUAAUGCCAAUGAGAUUAUGCGUGUGAUGCAGAUAGCCAAUGUGGCAGGAACCACUGCAGCACGUGCUGUGCAGAUUGCUAGUAUAUCCACAGGGGUUUUGACUGGACUUUUUGUCGGUAUGGACAUCUACUUUGUGGCCAAAGACUCUCAUGAGCUUAAAAAUGGUGCGAAGUCAGAAUUUGCUGCGAAAAUCAGAGAGGUGGCAGACCAGUUACAGGAGGGCUUGGUGGAACUUAACAGCAUCCGAAAUGAGUUGCAGUUGACUACCACUCUGAAAGAAGAUAAACUUCUAUAAACACUCCUCUAGGUUUAUGAAUACCUUCAAUCUAGAUGUUUACAAAUUAUAGUUGUACAGUUGUUAGUUAGUUGUAUAGUUGUAGUUGUAUAACUAUAUUGGCUUUCAUUAUUAAAGAGCAAAGAAAAUUUGGCAUCUUAACUUAUUUUUAUGGCUUUAUAUUCACUGCUAUAAUUUAUGCUUUUAUAGGUCUAAAAGAAUAUGAGCGUAAAUGGUCCUGAACACGUGUUUGUAUAAAUAUUUUCUCCUGAUAAAAAACAUGUUAUUUAAUUAUU